GAUGUGAUGGAGGAUCUCUACAACUACAUCAACCCUCACAAUGGGAAGCACUCCCCAAUGAUCUCCAAAGAAACUCUGGACAUAGUUCUGGCCAACAAAGAUCGCCUCAACUCCGCCAUCAUCUAUGACAGAGACUUCUCCUACAACUACUUUGGCUUUAAGACUCUCGAACGCUCCUACUUGCUGAAAAUCAACUCCAAAGUCGCCGAGCGCCCUCAGCACAUGCUGAUGCGGGUGUCCGUGGGCAUCCACAAGGACGACAUCGACGCUGCCAUCGAGACCUACAACCUGCUGUCGGAGCGCUGGUUCACACACGCCUCCCCCACGCUCUUCAACGCCGGCACCAACCGCCCCCAGCUCUCCAGCUGCUUCCUGCUGUGCAUGAAGGACGACAGCAUCGAGGGCAUCUACGACACCCUGAAGCAGUGUGCCCUCAUCUCCAAGUCUGCCGGGGGCAUCGGCCUGGCCGUCAGCUGCAUCCGAGCCACGGGCAGCUACAUAGCUGGGACAAAUGGAAACUCCAACGGGCUCGUUCCGAUGCUGAGGGUCUACAACAACACCGCCCGUUACGUGGACCAGGGGGGAAACAAGAGACCUGGGGCUUUUGCCAUCUACCUGGAGCCGUGGCACCUGGACAUCUUUGAGUUUCUGGACCUGAAGAAGAACACUGGGAAAGAAGAGCAGAGAGCCAGAGAUCUUUUCUUUGCCCUCUGGAUCCCUGAUCUCUUCAUGAAACGGGUGGAAACCAACCAGGACUGGUCCUUGAUGUGCCCAAAUGAGUGUCCUGGCCUGGAUGAUGUCUGGGGAGAGGAAUUUGAGAAACUGUAUGAGAGCUACGAGCGGCAGGGCCGCGUGCGCAGGGUGGUGAAGGCCCAGCAGCUCUGGUACGCCAUCAUCGAGUCCCAGACAGAGACUGGCACCCCCUACAUGCUCUACAAGGACUCCUGCAACAGGAAGAGCAACCAGCAGAACCUGGGCACCAUCAAGUGCAGCAACCUGUGCACCGAGAUCGUGGAGUACACCAGCAACGAGGAGUUCUGCUCCCACUUGACCCACAAUGCCACUUUGGUGGCCCUUCCCUUUUCCUGGUGUGGGGUUUGCAGGUUCCCCCAGAUUUCCUGGGUCCCUGUGCUGUUCUUGGCUCUUUGCUGUCCUGUCUCCCUUGGCUGCAGCUCUGUGACUCUGCCUGCUGUCCCCAGGUACGGUGUGAGGAACAGCCUCCUCCUGUCCCCCAUGCCCACUGCCUCCACUGCCCAGAUCCUGGGCAACAACGAGUCCAUCGAGCCCUACACCAGCAACAUCUACACCCGCAGGGUCCUCUCGGGGGAGUUCCAGGUGGUGAAUCCCCACUUGCUGAAGGACCUCACGGAGAGGGGCCUGUGGAACGAGGAGAUGAAAAACCAGAUCAUUGCCCACAACGGCUCCAUCCAGAACAUCCCUGAGAUCCCAGAUGACCUGAAGCAGCUCUACAAGACGGUGUGGGAGAUCUCCCAGAAAACCAUCCUGAAGAUGGCUGCGGACAGAGGGGCCUUCAUCGACCAGAGCCAGUCCCUCAACAUCCACAUCGCCGAGCCCAACUACGGGAAGCUGACCAGCAUGCACUUCUACGGCUGGAAACAGGGCCUGAAGACAGGCAUGUACUACCUGCGGACAAAGCCGGCUGCCAACCCCAUCCAGUUCACCCUGAACAAGGAGAAGCUGCGGGAGCGCGAGAAGAGCUCCCGGGAGGAGGAGGAGAAGGAGAGGAACAAGGCAGCCAUGGUGUGCUCCCUGGAGAACAGGGAGGAGUGUCUCAUGUGUGGCUCCUAAGGGAUCUCCCCGUUCCACACGGCUGGAGCCUGCUGGGAUGGGAGCGUCCCAUGGAACGGGAGGGGGCUGGGGCAGGGGCAGGGAGGGGUAGUGUAGCUUCCCCAUCCGUGGGCUUGGGCACAGGCAUGGAUAGGGGCAAGGGCUGUAGGUAUUGCUUUAGUAGCUGGCUGUCCCAGGAACUUCAGUGCCUUGGCGUGGCCUCACAUGGGUCCCUGGGGGCAGGACCGAGGACAGGGCGGGUGCUGGGGCCACAUCCAGGUCUGUCCUGGGCAAUCCAAGCAGGGACUUACAUUGCACUCGUGUCCCAGAGGAAGGAGCACACCUGGCUGAUCCCUGUUCCCUGGCUGGGGAAGGCACAGCAAGGAGACCCCCCUCGUGUGGGUGUGUUCAGUGUCUGCCAGGGCACAGGAGCAGCUGCUGAGGCACCUGGAGUGUGCCCACCUCCUGCCAGACCCUCCCACUGCUGCUUCCUCUCCUGGUCCCCUCCUCUGCCCUUUCCAAAGAGCUUUUGGAAGGAGCAGAGGGGUGGUGGGUGUGUUGGUACCCAGAGAGUUGCUCUUCUCCCUCAGCCCGACAGGCCAGAGUGUGGCACUGGCUGAAGGUGCCUCUGCAGUCUGGCCAGGGGUGGCAGAGCUGCUGCCCUGGGUUUUAUUCUGGGUUAAAUUCACUCAUUUAGUCCAGUUUCUCAGGCAGUUUUCUGGCAGUGGGGUCCGUGCUGUCCUUGGCCACAGGUCACAUGCCAUCUUUUGAGGGUCACAUGCAUUUCUGAGGGUCACUUGCCAUUUCUGAGGGUCACUUGCCAUUUCUGAGGGUCACUUGCCAUUUCUGAAGGUCACUUGCCAUCUCUUUCUCACAGAGCUGCAUUUCUCCACCCAGCUAGUUGUUAGGUCUCUUAAAGCUCAUGUCCCAUCACUGCUCCUGUUCUCUCUCCCUGCUCCAACACGAGGGGCUUCCCAGGCAGUUCUGCAGCAUUUGUUGGAUUCACAAACCACACGACCAACCCUUGAUCCAGCCAAACUCAAUAAAACAUGGAAUGUCGAAGGAA